GGUGAACGUGGUCGUGGCUUUUUUUUUUAAAUAUAAAUCCUUCUUAGGUAUUUUUUUGUAGUGAGAGUGCAAAGAGAGGUUAAAAUGAGCAGCUGAGGGGUAGAAGGGCACAGUUGGCACGAAGUGCGGCCUCUCGUGCUCAGCUUUGAGACGCACUACUGCCUCAAGGCUGGACUUACAGCAUACUGGAGAAGGAGAGAACCCGAAGGUCAGUGAAGCACAGAAACUGAGGACAUUGGACUACAGAGGCCAAACUCAGAAUCCUGGCCAUGAGGUUUGAUGCCUCAUUUUAUUGAAGGGAGACACUGGACCUAAAUGGCGCAGCAUGACUUUGUUCCUGCCUGGCUUAACUUCUCAACGCCACAGUCAACCAAGUCCCCUGCAGCCACCUUUGAGAAACAUGGAGAACAUCUUCCACGGGGAGAGGGCCGCUUUGGGGUGAGCCGUAGGAGACACAACUCUUCUGAUGGAUUUUUCAAUAAUGGGCCCCUCCGAACUGCGGGAGACUGCUGGCAUCAGCCGUCCCUUCUCCGCCAUGAUUCUGUAGAUUCUGGUGUUUCUAAAGGAGGUCAUGUUGGGCUUUCUGGCAGUCAGCCUGGCUGGCAUGGUCCCUCACGGGGCCAUGAUGGUGUGAACCAGCGUGGUGGAGGAGGAACUGGAGUUCAUCGCCACUGGAAUGGCAACUUCCAUUCUCGGAAAAGUUCCGCCUUUCAAGAAAAGCUGCCUGUUGAUUCCAGGGAAGAGAAGAAGGAAGAUAAAGAGCAGUUGCAAUUUGAGGAAGAAGACUUUCCGUCUUUGAAUCCAGAAGCUGGAAGACACAACAACCAGAACAAACCUUUAGGGACACCUUCUGGAGUAUGGGAAAAUCCCCCUAGUGCCAAGCAACCUACCAAGAUGCUGGUCAUCAAAAAGGUUUCAAAAGAGGAUCCUGCUGCUGCCUUCUCAGCUGCAUUUACAUCACCUGUUUCUCACCUGGCAAAUGGCAACAAAGCCACCACCAUUGUCCCAAGUGUCUACAAAAAUCUGGUUCCUAAACCUGCAGCUCCUCCUUCCAAGCCAAGUCCAUGGAAAGCCAACAGAAAUGAACAUAAACCAGGCUCACUUUCCUCCAGCCGUGACUCUGCCUUUACCAGUCCAGUGUCUGUAACCAAACCAGCGGUACUGGCGAGUGGCUCAGUCCUCACCUCUCCCAAAGAGAGUCCUUCCAGCACCACCCCUCCCAUCGAGAUCUGCUCUUCACGCUUGACGAAGCUGAUGCGCCGUACCACUGAUAAAAAGAGCGAAUUCCUGAAGGCACUGAAGGAUGAUAGGAAUGGGGAGAUAACAGAGAACAGGGAGUGUGACAAGCUGGAUGAUAUGGAGAGCAACAGCACACCAGAACCAAAGGAAAACUGGGAAGAGAACUGCCAUCAGAAUGGCCUUUCUCUCCCUUUGCCAGAGGAGGGAGAAAACCUCUCUCAUUCAUUGGAGGCGGAACACAGGUUAUUGAAAGAAAUGGGAUGGCAGGAAUAUCCUGAAAAUGAUGAGAACUAUCUUCCCCUCACGGAGGAUGAGCUCAAAGAGUUCCAAAUUAAAUCAGAGCAGCGAAGAAGAAAUGGAUUUGGGAAGAAUGGAUUUCUUCAGGGCCGCGGCUCCAGCCUGUUGUUCCACUGGAGAAGCACUUUUAAGACAAAGAUUGAGGACUCAGACACAGAAACUAGUAGCAGCGAAACGUCAGAUGACGAUGCCUGAAAGUGGGCACAAGAAAACUAAAAUAAAUAAAACCAACCCAAUAAACUCAGUUCAUAGUUCAACAUGUGUUUGGGGUUGUAUAAACUAAACAGUUUAUUCUGUCUCCAGUCUGUUCAGUUUUUUCUUUUGUUGUUGAUACUUCAUGCACAAGGGAAAUAAUUGUAUCCCAAAGAAGAGAGAAAUUGGCUUCUUUAGCUUUUUCUUUUGGUUUUGCCCUAAUGCUUAAUAGAAGUUUGUGCAGCUAGCAAAUUUUGACAGAAAUCCCUUGUGGGGCAGUGCACAAGUUCAGUCUUGUAAGCAGGAUACAAGUGGCUGACUGAUCUUUGCAACAACAAGCUUCUAACAGUGCCGCCCGCAUUACAUAAUGCCGUGCGGUAACAGUGUGCUAAAACAAUCAUUGUCAAUGACAAAAUGGCUAUUGAAGUUCUAAUUAUGUUAAAUUAAUGCUAAUAACAUGAAUUUUUUAUUUUAUUUUAUUUUUUUUUGGCGGCUCGGGGAGCUUCAUCACUUAACCAGGCGUUUGUGGUUUUCUUUUUUUGGGUACAGCUGUAAAAUAUUUGGAUAUAGGAAUUGUUUGUGUUCUUCUUCUUGCAGCCUUGAUAUUCAGGGUGGAUUGUAAAAUAUAAAUUUUUUGUGAGAUUUCAAAGAUUAAGAUUAUUUUGAUAACAUUAUUUACAGAUUUAAAAAAGUGACUAUCACAUUGAGUCUGUAUGAGGGGGAAAAACUACUGCAUCAAAAAUAACUAACUUGGAAUAAAUAUUUUGCAUCAGUUUGCCAA